AUGCUAUACGUGGCAGUACCAUUCCUCGCCGUCGCAAUUUUGCUGUCUCUGUUCCGCUUGUACACAACAUGGACUUACCACCACGCGAUGAGCCAGUAUGCAUCACCCAAUGGUACCGGGAAACCUGUCACGCCUCCACAGAUCCCAUAUACCCUUCCGUUUCUCGGAAACACCCUGUCUUUCUUGUCCACCAAACCGGGCGCUUACUGGCAAAAUCUCUUCGCCUGGCAUCCUCGCUCAACUGGUGUCCUCACGCUGCUUAUUGGCGGCCGAAACUUCCAUAUUCUCUUCGCUCCACAAUUGGUGCAAGCUAUAUUCAAGGCAAGGAAACCUUCCCGAGAUGCCUUUGACCGGGACUUGUACCGUCAGAUGUUCGACAUGUCUACAGAGCAGGUCGAGCUCACCGAAGCCUCGAAACACAUGGAGCAUGAGAGCAAUGUCGCAUACCUCAUCAGAAGUGAGCGGGUCAAUGAACUGACGGCAAAAUUCACCCAGGUCUUGCGAGAGGUUCUCGAUCGAGAUAUCAAGGAAACAUCCGGCGCCAGUGACCUCGGACUCUAUGUCUGGCUGCGAGAUCGCAUGUUCACGGCUUCUACCAUUGCUUUGAUGGGCGAAGAGUUGCUGGAGAUGUAUCCUGACUACUGCAGAGACUUUUAUGUCUUCGACAAUGCCUUUCUGAGCUUCUAUUUUCGAAUUCCGAACUUCCUAAUGCGCGAUGCGUACGAGGCGAGGGCUCGGAUCCUUCGGAAACUGGAGGCUUGGAGCAGGGAGAUGCAUAGACUCAGCGGUGGCAAGCCAGUAGAUCCAGAAGGUCCAGCUUGGGAGCCGUUGUUUGGUAGCAGAUUGAAUCGGGCAAGACACACUGACUAUACUAGACGGAAACUGGACUGGAGAUCAAGUGCUUGUUUUGACCUCGGUCUCACCUUUGCCUUUGCGAGCAAUAUCAUUCCAGUCACUGGAUGGAUGUUGAUGCAUGUACUUGAUCCGCAAGGCGACACGACCCUGCUACCGAGGGUGCUGGAAGAGAUCAAGGCCUCAACGAAGCAAGACGGCACGCUCAACGUUCCAACCUUGAUCGCUCAACCUUUGCUGCAGUGCAUCUGGACUGAGGCUCUGCGCAUGUAUGUCGACAUCCUUGUAACCCGCAACCUGCCCGAAGACAUUACACUUCCGCUUGACGAGGAGGGCAAGCGGCAAGUACUCUUCCGCAAGGGUGAUAACAUCUUCGCGCCGUCUUGGCUGGGCAGCCACAACCCAAACUCAUGGUCGGAGAAAGCGCCUUACCACCGCUUUUGUCCGGAGCGCUUCCUUUUCAAAAAUCCAGAGACGGGCAAGACUAUCUUCAGCACUUUGGGUACGGCGGCGAAGCUUUUCCCUUUCGGAGGUGGCAGAACUAUCUGUCCUGGCCGAGUGUUUGCCAAGCAGGAAGCGAUCGGUGCACUGGCGCUCAUAUUGCUGCGUUUCGAGUUCGAAGUUGUGGGUUACUUGGAUGCAGAGAAGAAGCCGACGGACGCGUUUCCAGGGUUUGCAACGGCUUUCCCAGGUAGUGGCGGGUUGGUGCCGGGUGGUGACUUUCAGGUCAAGGUUCGAAGGCGAGUCUGA